GCUAGAGCGAAUUUGUGUAAUUUAUGUGCAGAGCCUCCGGCAAAGGUGUGCCACUUGCUGUCCCAGUGCGCAUGCGCCCAGAGUCUCAACACCUACCCCUCAGGCCUUCCCAGUGCACACGCUUCGGAGCCCAAGGGGUGUGUUUGCUCCUCUCAAGUGCGCAAGCGCUCAGGCACACAGCAACCCAUCUACUCCGCCAGAACGUCCGGUGGUGGGGCCGCGGUACCACCGAGAUGAGGCCUCCGGGCGGCCUAGAGGGGCCUGCGUGCGCUCGUGCUUCCGGGUCUCGCUUAUCCAAAGCCGGAAGACAGAGAGCAAGAAGCCAGGGACACCAGGCAUGCUUCAAACCGCUUGGCCUCAGGAGUUGGUGACCUUUGAGGAUGUGGCUGUGGACUUCACACAGAGUCAGUGGGACAGCCUGCAGCCUGCGCAGAGGGCCUUGUACAGGGAUGUGAUGCUGGAGAACUAUGCCCAUGUGGCUUCUCUGGUUGAAUGCCCACCUCCCAAACCCAUUCUCGUCUCCCAGCUGGAGAGAGGAGAAGCGCCCUGGGCCACAGAUCCCUGGGCCUCAGAGUGCCUAAGAGCCUGCAGUCCUGAUGCUGAGUCUUGGACCAAGGAUGAAGAGCCCUCUUUGAAGCAGGAGAUCUCUGGAGAGAGAGCAGCCUGCAGGGUGCCCAGGGGGAGGGUGCUCAGAACGGAUGCACAGCACUGUGCCAGUGAGGACAGCAGGACAGUGAGGCAGAUGUUCAGUUCCAAACCAAAGCUGGUCCAUCGAGGAGGCAUGAAGUGCUAUGAAUGCAAAGAAUGUGGCAAGAUCUUCAGGUUCAACUCCAAGCUGCUUCGCCACCAGCUGAGUCACACUGGGGAAAAGCCCUUCAAAUGUAAAGAGUGUGGCAAAGCAUUCAAGUUCAGCUAUGAAUGCGUCAUCCACGAGAAGAAUCACCUUGGCGAGGGGCCCUACGAAUGCAAGCAGUGUGGCAAAUGUCUGAGUUCCAACAGAUCCUUAACCCAGCACCAGAUGGUCCACAGCAGAGAGAAGCCCUAUGUCUGCCAGGAGUGCGGCAGGGCCUUCGGGAGGAGCUCGUCCUUCUUCCAGCACCGGAGGCUGCACACGGGGGAGAGCCUCUUCCAGUGCCAGGAGUGCUGCAAAGUGUUUGGCUACAGGUCCCAGUUACUCAUCCACCGGCGAGUCCACACAGGCGAGAAGCCUUACCAGUGCCUGCAGUGUGGCAAGGCCUUCUCGCACAAAGUGGCUUCCCUUCAGCACCAGAUAGUGCACACUGGGGAGAAGCCGUACGCGUGCAAGGUGUGUGGGAAGGCUUUCAAGUGGUACAGGAGUUUCGCUCAGCAUCGGAAACUGCACUCCGUGGAGACGAAGCCGACUCGGGGUGAUCCAGCCUUAGCUCGGGCUCCUUUGCAGGGGCCAGGUGCUUCUCCUGCAGCUGUGCCGCCCCUGGCCUUUCCUCCAGCUGUGCUGGUUCAGACUUCCAGCCCUUUGCUCAUGCUGCUGCCCGCAUCUGGAGGACCCUCCUCAUCUGCCCAGAUAACGCUCGUCUUCCAGGGCCUUCCUCCUGCAGUGAAGACUUCCCCGGGUUGAAUUCCUUCUCGGCCCUCUGCAGCUUCAUCUUAGCACUUUCCUGGGUCCUUCCACCAGCAGCUGGUGCCACGUAAACUCUUCUUGAUGAAUCCACUUGAGGACUGCGUGGGUAGAGACCAGAGCACUGACCCUGCGGACUCACAGCAAUGGCUGGGUCUGCACUGUGGUCUGCUGCACUUAGAGAGCUGGCAGGUUGAUUGGGAACCCUGACUGGCCUGUUGUGAUAGAAGCAACCUGCCUGGGGACCUGUGAGAUGGCUUGUCACCAGGCCAUACGGCCUGAGUUCCAUUCCUUGGGAUCCACACAGCAGAAGGAGAGAAUGGACUUCUCAAGUUUUCCUCUAAGCCUCCACAUGGGCACCCUGGCACAAGUGCCACCUUACACACACACACACACACACACACACACACACACACACACACACACGAGGAAGAAGCAUGCUAGGAGACAUGUAACACAUGCAGGAGUAGAGAAUUGGAAUGAGCUUCUGAUAAUGCAUUUUAGAAUUUAAUACAGAUUAUUUUUUUCAAGUUUUUCUCAGUUUUGUUUUUAUGUGUGCACGUGCGUGUGCACGCAGGUGUCCUCAGAGGCCAGAAGUAGGGGUCAAGCCCCCAUUUACAGGUAGCUGUAAACAGCCUGAUAUGGGUGCUGGCGACUGAACUUGGGGAUCCAGGAAGAACAGCAGGUGCCUUUAACUGCUGGGCUGUCUCUCCAGCCCGACUGCAGUCUUCAGUGCUGCAGUGGCGAUAAUGUGGGGGUGCGGGCACCACUGGCCAUGUGCUGCCUCUCAGAGGUUUUGAGGACCCCCUGCAAUGACGGUGAGAAUUCAGGGGUGCAGUAACGCCUGCGAUACCAUUGUGUGCAGUCCUGUCUUUACAUAGAAAGGCUCUUCCUUUGGUUUUGUGCCUUAUGUCUAGCUGUUUCUCUCCAGCUUUUGUUUUCAUAAAUAAAUAUGCAGAAAUGUCUUAGUGUCUAUUGUAUCUGUUGUACUAACUUUUCCUAGAGAAAAAUUGGUUUGUAAAAAUUACAUAAGUGUUUGUGCAUGUUCAUAUACAUGCACCUGUGUAGAUGUGCGUGGAUAUGUUGCACGUGUGUUAGAGGCCAGAGAACUGCCAACCUCGAGUGCCCUUGCCCACUUCUUUGGAGCCAGGGUCUCUGGCCUGGUGCUCACCACUUGACUGGAUGGCUAUGAAGCCCCAGGUUCUUGCUUCUGCCUUCUCAGCCCUGGAACUACAAGCACAGGCCGCCACACCUGGCUCGCUUUGUUUGUUUAUCACGUAUUUAUUUUGGCGGGCCCUGGGGAUCAAUCUCCCAUGAUCCUCCUGUAAGGCAGGCACUUUACCAACAGAGCCGCCUCCCCACCCCCGGUACCAGCUUCCACUGUGUGGACCCUCCAGGGAGCAGGAGUUCGGUGGAGAACUGGGGAGUGCGCCCAACAAUACAAAGCCACGCUGGAAUAAAUCCGGCUGCUUGUGUGGAAUCUCAGUGAAGUGUGCCUUGAGUUCUGUGUGUUGGCCUUUAAGAGAAACCUGUACUACCGUGAACAGGGCCCAGGAAAGGGGACUGGUAAAGAAUGGCUAUAUGUUUACUCCCUUUCAUGACCUUCCUGGACAUUGGUGGACCUGCCCCUUUGUUCUUUAUGGUCAUUCAUAUCUAGACACUUGUCAGAAGCAGUGGGUAAAGAAACUUUUAUAUCCGUAUUUAAACUUCCAAGUCUCUGGUGUGCUUGCAAAAAAAGGAGAAAAAAAGUAGUUUUCUGACUCAAUUCCAUAAAUUCCUGGUUUAGGGUGUCUGAUGCUCCCAGGUACCCGCUUGGUGAGAUGUGCCUGUGGGCUCCUGGGAAGCCGUUUUGGUAAGGGACAUGGGCAUGACCACUUGUAGUUUCUAAGUCUGUCUUGGCUUGUAUCGGAGCCUGUGGAGCCUGUAGCGAUCCCAGACCUGCUUGGAGUGCUUCAGACCUUUUCUGGGCAUGCGCAGUGUGCAUGCAGCCUUACGGGCCACCAGAAACCUCGGAGCUUUCUCUGGUGUCUGUUGUGCUCAUCUUCCUGUACGUCCUUGGCUGGCCUCCUCUCUGCUGGUGCUGUAGCCCAGGGCAGCUCUGGGGUUGAAGUUUGUUACUGACUUUUGCCAACGCUCCCCUGUGGAACUAGAUGGACAAUGUCCCCAGAAUGGGGAUUUUCCGAGAUGUAACACAAGCCCGCUGGUGCUGUGGGGCCGGUGAGACGACUCAGUGGGUAAAGGAGCCUGCCGUCAUUCUGCCGGACCAAGUUCACCCCGGGAUCCCCGUGGGGAAAGGGAACCCCAGCCACACACACACACACACACACACACACACACACACACACACACACACACACAC